AUGAAAAAUAUUAUUUACGGACAUCUGAAAGUUCAAGUUUUGGCGCUCCAUUUUAGAGAAGCUUCUCGUGGAUUCGCCGUGUUUGCCGGGUCGGCCUUAGGAAGUGGGCGGGGCCGGUAGCCAUCGCACAAGUCUGAACUUUUUAUAUUUUAUAUUCAUAAUCGCAAAGCAAAACUUUCAAAUUAUAUAUGAAUUGAAAGUUUUCACGGUGGAAAAAAAGCUGGUCGAUGAAAGCGCCAUAAAUGCAAACUGAAUGAAGCAAAAAAAGCGGAAAAACCGUUACAAGUUUUUUUGUUUUUCCAAGAUUAGCGGCCGACCGGUCUUGAGAUUUUUUCAUACUUUUCUUUUUUCUAUCCUACUUUGAACUGAUUUUUCUUAGAAACUAGAAAGUUCUGUAUGUUUACAAGUCCUUCAGGUCUCACUCCUUAACGGAUGUCCUGGAUCAGCUCGACAAGUCCUGGGUACUUAACACUUACUGCAAGAUGAUUCAAAUCGCUAGUGAAAAAGUGGAACCGACAAACCUCCAAAAUGCACGGAACCUCCUACGACGCGCUUGCGUUUUCAAUUUGCCAGUUAGUUUCAGUUGUUUUAAAGAUUUUCAAGCGUAUUUGUCUUUUUUAGUGUAUGUUGUUCAUGUUCUCAAAAAAUUCUGAUCGUCUCGUCCAGUUCAUCGAUCAGUUUUGCACUGAUCCAGGUAAUUUUUGAAAAUCUAUGGCUUCUAAUGGAAAAAAAAAAUGAAGACGAGGAAGUGAGAAUGUGCAUCGCGUCUUCUUUACACGAGAUUUUCGCCCUCCACGUUGAAAAGUCGGUUUUACUCUCAUCAUUUUUCGAGUUACUCCGAAGCGGCUCUAUCGAUGUCGUUGCUAAGGUGAAAAUUGAUUAGAGAUGGAUAAAAAUUUCUCUUUGUUUUGCAGGUGGCAUUCAACUUGGACAAGAUGCUGAAAGAUUUAUACAAAACUGUCAAUGAAAAGCCCGGGGUAAUUUUUGAUUCAUAGCAAAGCUUUGUGCGACGGUCACGAUACGGCAGUAUAAAUUUUCAAAGCGUCCAUUGUUUCUUCACAAAACUUUGCAGUAGUUUUUUUUUCAGUAGUGAUUGAUUUCAGAAACACUCGGCUGUGCAACUAGACCGUUUGAUUCUUGGUUCCAACAAUAUUUUGCACAACACGGGCUCGUGGCGGAGCCAUGAAGCCCUUCUGAAGAGCCUGGCGACGUUACCACAAUGUAUUUCGCAGCGACAGAUUGUCGAGACCUUCAUCCCACUCCUGAAAAAGGAAACUUUGUCGGUUCGGGCUAUUCCUUGUCGCGUCGCCGCCGCGGACAGCCUUCUCGUUCUGAUGCGCCACGUCGCUGCCGACUCACCGAGGCGUCAGGUCAUUGAAUUUUUCAACGAACGUGAGUGGAGACUAAGACAAACUUUUUGAAUAUCAAGCUAUUUUCAGAGAUUGCUAAGAACAAGUGCUCCUAUCGACGGAUUAUUUUCAUUGACGUCGUGGAAAUAGUUUUGAAAAAGUUCAGCAAGCGGUUUUUUCUCGAGAAUUUUCUUGAACAGACACUCGUUCUGACUACAGAUAUAAUCUCUAAUAUAAGGUAGAAUUCUUCAUUUUCAAAAACAAUUUACAAAAAAAAAAAUUUUUCAUUGCAGAAUCCGUGCAUUGCGAGUUUUGCCGAAAAUCAAGUCACGGCUGCGGUUCGCCGAUGAUAACGAGGUUUUAUUAAGGAUAGAGCGCGCAGUCCGAGAUUUAUUGAGACUCGAUUGCAAUAAGAGCACCAGGCAAAUUCUGAACUCGGUAGUUGCCGCCUCUGCAUUAUAGGAAAGUCGAAGCUUUUUUGAAGGCGGCUGUAGAGUUGUCGCGUUGUGAAACUUGCGAACGGGUCGACAAAGAGGACGAAGAAAAGAAAGCGGAAGAAGAUCGGUUGUGGAGUUUGGAGCGAGCUGAACAGGAAGAACAACACGAGAAACAAAGAGACCAAGAAAGGAGCCUUCGAACAAGACAAGCGCUCGUUUUUAGGAAAGAAAAGCGAAGAGGAGGAAGACAGAGAGAUUCGGCCAACGGGGUUCGUUCUGAAUGCGAUCAUCUGAAUUCAUCAGAGCUUUAAGAAUCCGCAGACCAGACGCGUCUCGUGCUUCGUCUUGGAGAUCGGAGAGAAGAGCGGUGGCCGUCGUCAGGCCGCAGCUCGUCGUGAUGAUGCGUUCGGCGAGUCCGAGUCCUUUGACUUAUCGGAGUCCAAGUCCGGCACCAAAGGAGUCUUCUUCAAGGCCUAGCCGAUUGCCUCUCAGUACAACUACUAGAGAACGCGAAAAGCUCCGAAAAAGUGAUGAACUUGGUUUGUGAAAGACGAGAAUAAUUUUUUAAGCCGCCGCCGAAAGUGUCUUCUCAGACUCUCGUAAUCAUCGCUCUUCAUCGGUGACAUCGUCGCGUGGCAGCAUCAUGUCAACUUCAGCGUCUUCCGCAGAGUCUUCCGCAAAUAGUUAGCUUCCUUUCAAUCAAUCGAACUAGAAAUGAUCAUUUUCAGAUGAUUCCACUGGUGGGUAUGGAUUAAGAAGGUCGGCAACAUCAACGAGUGUGUUCGGCGCCUCAUCUUAUACUUCAAACGCCUCAUACGCAUUGUCACACUCGAGGUUCGAGAUUGGAAAACUUUUUUUGAUACCAUUGUUUAGGCAUUUUGCAUUUUUUUUUUUAAACUCAAUUUGCUGUUGGUCAAGCUCUUUCCUCAAGUUACUAUUUUUUUUUUUCGUUUUGAAGCGUUUUUACUUCUUUUAUAUCAAAAAAGAGAAGAAAAAAAACUAUUCUCAAGGUUUAGGUCGACGUCGAACAUGCGGAGACCGACCUACGGCCUGACCCACGUCUCCACUCAGAGCACCUUUGAGCGCAAGCCUUCGCACGUCUCCUUACGCAUCCGCAAUGUAUCUUCCGUUUUGAAAUAG